GUGUUUGUAAUGACGUACCAACCGUCUUUUAAAACAGGGUGCUCACAUGGCUCGAUGGUCCCAGGAUGGUUUCAUCCAUUCGCGACCUUCGAAAAAGAAAGAUAAAACAUACGAAGGGAAACAUGGUCACUCGAACCACUCCAGUCCACACCCUACCAAAUUCGUGUGUCACCGACCAUCAAUUGCAAGUGAACAAUCAACUAUCGAGACGAACAUACAUGUAAUACACAAAGUAACUUUAAAGAUCAAACCUUCUCAAAGAAACGUGACAUUUCCCAUUAACUACCCCAAUAGCCCCUUAGCAUCAUACUUCCUGCGUACAAAUACAAGUACAAACAACAAAGUAAUCAUACCCAUGCAUGUGACAGUACGACUGAACCACCGUUGUCGUCACACACACAAAAACAAUACUCGUGUCACAAACUAUAGUCCACCCUUGUUUUUUUUUCCUUCGAAACCGCUUCAAUCAGAAAACAAACCCCCAAACACCAUAGAAAUGCAACAUGCUUUCAUCGUUGUUCCUUCUUUUUAUCUCUUUUUUUGCACUUACAAUACCAUAUCAUCGGAACAAAUGUGAAGUUGUCAAGGUAAGCAUAGCGUUUUGCCAUGCUCAAGGAAAUUUGAAUAAAGGUAAGAAAGAGCGGAUGCGAAAUUACCCUUUCUUCCUUUUUCACAAAAGUUCCCAUGUGCAACGAGCGAUGUGACACGCAGGACUGUCAAACUAUCUUGGUCUUUCCCUCCAGAAGGUAUAACUU